AUGUUUAUUUUCGUUAUUUCGAUUCUUUAUUUCGUAUCGGUACUCAAUGCUCUCCGAGUAAUAUGGGUUACGUGUCCUUCGCGGCCGAAUGCCGCCGAGAUCGAACCGGAGUGGCCAUCCAGCCCAUCCCCACUAACUUACAACCUACGAUCUCUUCUUAUCGAACUCUCUAAGAAAAAUGCCAUGAAAGAUAUUUUUAUUCGGCUUGAUCCCGACAGAUUAGAAGCCGAUUUCCAAAAAAUCGAUCGCUGGGAAAGUGGCCAAGGCCUCCGGAAUCCAUAUCCGAUGGAUUCGCUCAGAAGUUUCUACUGGUUUGUCGCUGCGAACAAACUUCAUUGCCACCGGAAUCCAUUUUCACUGGCAAAAGCAUUCUCUCAAAUAUUUCAAGUUGAAGCUGAGCCUUGGGGGCUUAUGAACGCACCAGGUAGUAAUGUCGGUGCUGGUGGUAGGGACCGCGAAGACAAUAAUAACGGCGAAGCUGAUAAUCAUAAUCGGGCUGGGGUACAAUUUCAGCCCGCACAACAACAAAAUCUCCGAGAUGUUGAGUUAGUUGACCACCAUUACCUUAUCUACGAUAGCGAAAAUGAAGCAGAUUCAACCUUCCAGUACUUUACAUACGGACCUGUAAAACAUCUCAGUAUACUAGUUCAUCUCCAUGCCGAUGAACUGGAGCAGUAUUUUGACGAUAUCAUUGCAUCCGGGCAAGAUGAGUUAGAGCCGCUGCUAUAUUUCGAGAUAUUGGACCUCAUAAAAGACUGGGCACAACUAUAUUACGACUUGGACACCUUUAUGAAUGGUGUCAGGGCGUUCAGGAAGAGUCUUUGGAUGUUGAGAAACAGAUUUGCGGAACCGGAAGAAAUAAAGAAGAUAGCAGAAGGGAAACACAUAGCAAAACCAGUUUCAAUCAAGAAGACGCUGGUGAAUUGUUUAAAUCGCCUAUGUGACUAUGAUGGAAGACCUAGGGCACGACCCAAUCUUAACAACUAA